UAUAAUCAUUCCCAAUGGACUUUUGCUUCUCAAGCUCCCAAUCAAGUCUGUUUUCAGACUCUGCUUCACUACUUCAGGAUGAAGCAAGUGUACAAAAUAACGAAGAGCAAAUUUUAACUUGGCUGAGACCUUCUGAUGAAUCUGCUCAAUUAACUUCGCCUACACUGUUUAAUCAAUUUAUGAAUGAUGAGCAUGAGUUUGAUUCUACAAUCUUCUCGAAAGAUUAUUAUUCUCAUAACUUAUUUGGAGCAGUUCCUUAUCAAGAAUCUGAACUAGAGCGUCAAAUUCAAAAAUCUAAACCUGUCAUUGAAAAUUUGGAUUUGACAGUAAAAGAGAAGUCUGCUCCGAUAAACUAUCAGAGGCCAGACAUCUCCAACAGGAAAAUGUUGAGGCUUGUUAAGAAGUUCUUCAACGAGUUGUUUCUGUUCCAUAACGACAAACUUAGAAACAGACGACUCACCACUGUGCACUCCUCUGUUACUUUGGAAGCUCUCAGGCAGUUGGUCAGAGUGUACAUGCCAGAUGUUUCAGCAGAGUUUAUGGCUGAAUUUCUGUUUAACUUCUUGAACAUACAUUCAAAAGAUUCAUGUCAGUUAGAGUCGGAUGCUGCAGAGCAAGGAUUUCGAGUGUAUCAAUGCUCGUACAAUUACAGAAGACAAGAAUUCAUACUUCUACCUGAAUGUGAGUAUUUCAGAUAUUUGAUAAUAUCUUACAUUAACUUGAAGAACACUUCUUUGUCAUCACUGCUGAGUCUUCGGUUAGAUUAUGUUUGGGAGAAUCAGUUCCAUACAUCUGAAGCAAAGCUGGUUAAAAUCCUGAGCAAGUCAUUAUACAAGAAAGGAGAAGCCCUAGUUGAAGAGAGUCUGCAAAGAACAUAUGAAGAAUGAUAUCAGACAAGAGAAACUAGAACCGAUUAAUAUUAGCUUUCAUCAAUAAAAUUUUUAAGACAA